UAAGAACAAAGGAGACAUGUAUGAUGCAGCUAUUGACCUGUUUACACGUUCUUGUGCUGGCUACUGUGUUGCCACCUUUAUCCUGGGCAUUGGUGAUCGCCACAACAGUAACAUCAUGGUCAAAGAUGAUGGACAACUGUUUCACAUUGACUUUGGGCACUUCCUCGACCAUAAGAAGAAAAAAUUUGGUUACAAAAGAGAGCGUGUGCCAUUUGUCUUAACACAAGACUUCUUAAUAGUGAUUAGUAAAGGAGCCCAAGAAUGUACCAAAACGAGGGAGUUUGAAAGGUUUCAGGAGAUGUGUUAUAAGGCUUACCUUGCAAUUCGGCAGCAUGCCAAUCUCUUCAUCAAUCUUUUCUCCAUGAUGCUUGGCUCAGGAAUGCCAGAACUGCAGUCCUUUGAUGAUAUUGCCUACAUUCGAAAGACCCUUGCAUUGGACAAAACUGAGCAGGAGGCUCUUGAGUACUUCAUGAAGCAAAUGAAUGAUGCUCACCAUGGUGGCUGGACAACAAAAAUGGACUGGAUCUUCCACACAAUAAAGCAACACGCUUUGAACUGAACUGACUGCAAAGAAAACAAGAACUGAUACCCCGCUUUGUGGGUACUGCACUGUUAAUACCCAUUAGCAGCGAAGACUGGUUGCAUAGGAAUUGCACAAACCAUGAACAACAUUAGAAUUUAUGGCAAGAAGAGAAAUGAAUUGUUCAGACAACUGUUGGAAAAUAAUGUAAAACAGGGUUUCAGAUAGCACUAAAAUUAUAAACUUCAAAAAUUAAGCUUUA